CCGCGGCCGUGUCCGCCUGCUCCGCUGCGCAUACUCGCAGUCAGUGGGUCCCGCCGGGAGGUGGCGGAGGUCGCCGCGGGAGGCGGGGCGGGGGGCAGCAUGGCAGCCUCCUUAUGGCUCCGAGGAGCCGCCUCCGGCCUCCGCUCCUGGAGCCAGCGGCCGCGGCCAGCAGCUGCCAGCCUUGCAGUGGUGUGUUCUAGGUCAAUGGCUUCUAAGACUCCAGUUGGAUUCAUUGGACUGGGCAACAUGGGGAAUCCAAUGGCAAAAAAUCUCAUGAAACAUGGUUAUCCGCUCAUUAUCUAUGAUGUAUUCCCUGAUGCAUGCAAAGAGUUUCAAGAGGCAGGAGAACAGGUAGUGUCUUCCCCAGCAGAUGUAGCUGAAAAAGCUGACAGAAUUAUUACAAUGCUGCCCACCAGUAUCAAUGCAAUAGAAGCUUAUUCUGGAGCGAACGGAAUUCUAAAAAAAGUGAAGAAAGGCUCAUUAUUAAUAGAUUCCAGUACUAUUGAUCCUGCAGUUUCAAAAGAAUUGGCCAAAGAAGUUGAGAAAAUGGGAGCAGUUUUCAUGGAUGCCCCUGUUUCUGGUGGUGUAGGAGCUGCUCGGUCUGGGAACCUCACAUUUAUGGUAGGAGGAGUCGAAGAUGAAUUUGCUGCUGCCAAAGAAUUGCUGGGGUGCAUGGGCUCGAAUGUGGUAUACUGUGGAGCUGUUGGGACCGGGCAGGCUGCAAAGAUCUGCAACAACAUGCUGUUAGCUAUUAGUAUGAUUGGCACUGCUGAAGCUAUGAAUCUUGGAAUCAGGUUAGGGCUUGACCCAAAACUGUUGGCUAAAAUCUUAAAUAUGAGCUCAGGACGGUGUUGGUCAAGUGACACUUACAAUCCUGUACCUGGGGUGAUGGAUGGUGUUCCCUCUGCUAAUAACUAUCAGGGUGGAUUCGGAACGACGCUCAUGGCUAAGGACCUGGGAUUGGCACAAGACUCUGCCACCAGCACAAAGAGCCCAAUCCUUCUGGGCAGUCUUGCCCAUCAGAUCUACAGGGUGAUGUGUGCAAAGGGCUACGCCAAGAAAGACUUCUCGGCUGUGUUCCAGUUUCUGCGGGAGGAGGAGUCCUUCUGAGGGUGCCCCUUGGCUGUGGACACUUGUUGGGAACCACACUCUGCCUUGGAGCCUCCUCCUAGCCAACCCCACAAGUACAUAGGUUUAAUCAAAGGUCACCUGGCUGCUCUUGAUUGUCUAGGUCACAGAAAUCCCUCGAAUUUUUCAUCCAUUUUUAACGACUUAGUCUUUUUGUCUGUUUAGCAAGCACCUAUUAUCUGAAAUCUUUUCUUUGGCAAGCCACCGAUGGCCUCUGCUUGCUAGCGGAGUUGACCUUUUUCAAGUUUGAUCCCUGAACAUCUUCAAUGACAUCAUCCAAUACUUCGAUCAGAUAUUUUACUCCACUUCGCAAGUAAGACUGAAUGUCGUGUCAACGGAACGAAACCCAUCUUACAGGAGAGAAAAGAAAUGCGUGUGAAGAGAGAAGUUAGGAAAAGGGAGCACAGCGAAUAACUACCUGUGGUCCCCCAAGAGUCUGUCUGGUGAAGCAGGUGGUGGUGGUCUUGCAUUUAUUUCCCAGGGAAUUGAUAAAGACAAAGAAUUUGUUGCUGCAUGUUUUAUAAUUUGAACUUGGUUACAGUAUUCUUAGUGUAUCCUCCUUGUUAUAAUUCUCAGUACUCAGCAGACUUGUUUUAUAUGUUUUGCUUCCUUACACAUUCUUCCUACAUAUUUUUGGACUUGAAAACAAAGACAUCUUUAGAUGUGUUCCAGAGCCAAUGAUGAUACUUGCUUUAGAUAAUUAUUACAUUAUUCUAAAUAUAACCAUAUUAUUUUGAAUUCAAAUAAAUUUCUAUAC